AUGAGUGAUCCUUUGUCCAAAUUAUCAACAGAAUUAGAAUAUCUAAUUGAGAAAACGUGGACUUUAUACGUGACUGUGACAGACUUUCAAGCCCAAUCUCAACCGCGUGUUGAUCAAGUUCUCAAUGAAAUUAUCGGUUUGUUGAAAGAGAUUGAUCAAAUGAAAGGCCAAUUUGACAAUGUACAAAUUCCAGAACAAUUACUCAAUUAUGUUGAUGACUUGAAAAACCCACAGAUGUUCACACGUGAUUGCUUACAACGAACACUUGAACGGAAUGAAGAUAUCAAUGGCAAGAAUGAAACACUUGCCAAAUUCGCCGAUACAUUAGCAGUGGAGUUGAGUUCGCAAUUUCCAACACAGAUGGCUCAAUAUCGUCUAUGGAAAAGCAAAUCAUCUUCUGUUGAGCAGUGA